AUGACCUCGAACAGUGCAGAGUUCAUGAAUGCUUUAUCUGUAGAUGCAAGGAAGAUGCCUAUAAUACCCCUUCUUGAGUUCUUCCGACGUCUUUCACAGGAAUGGUGUUACAAGCGUCGCAUCGAAGGAGGGAAACGUUCAACAGUGCUAACCGAGUGGGCUGAAAAAGUAGUUAGUAAAAAUGAAGAGCGUACGACAGGAUGGUCCAUUUCUGGUGUUUCAGAUGCAUUUUAUGAAGUUCAUGAUUUCAAACAUGGUGGCAUAGUUGAUCUGAGGCAAGAGACUUGUACAUGCAAAUAUUGGGAAGGAACUGGGUUGCCUUGUGGUCAUGUGAUAAUGGUCUUGAAGCACUUGAACAAAACUAACUUCGGACAUCUGCCUAUAGAUGCUUACAAAAUGGAAACAUACCGAAGUACGUAUGAGGAGCCGGUUUACCCCCUUCCAGAACCAUGUGAUUGGGAGAUUCCUGCUGAGAUGAUGGUUGUGAAACCCCCGAUAAUGGAUACAUGUCAAGCUGGUAGACCGAGAAACAGAAAUCGUAUUCCGUCACAAGGUGAGGAACCUAUAAUAAGAGGUGUAGUAGAUGUGAUAGUACAACACAUAAUGCAGCGACUUGUCCUGCAUUGGUCCCAAAGAAACAAAAAAGGCUAG